AUGCCUAGCUCUUCCUAUCGUCAAAAUCCAUCAGAUCAUCCAUGGGUAGUCCAAAAGUACGGAGGAACGAGUGUAGGCAAGUUUUUGGAGACUAUUGCGUCCACCAUCGUUCCAUCCUACAUGGACAGUCACCGUGUUGCAGUAGUAUGCUCUGCUCGGAGCGGGGAGGAGAAAAGUACAGGAACAACUAAUAGACUACUUAAGGCAGCGGAAGAGGCUUUGGAAGAAGGGUCUAUCAGUUACCUUGAAAUUGUCAAGGAUAUCAAAGAUGAUCAUAUUAAUGUCGCAAGGUCUCUCAUCAAAAAUAAAGAUCUCUUGAAGGAGCUCGAAGCACAAUUGCAUCAAGAUUGCCUUAGACUCCGAUCAUUUCUUCAAGCUGCUGAGAUCAUUGAUGAGAUUUCUCCCCGCUCCAAAGAUGUCAUUGUUGGCAUGGGUGAAAAAUUGGCCUGUACACUGGUGGCAGCCGUGUUGAAGGACCGGGGAAUUGACACAGAACUUGUUGUGCUGAAUAAUAUCAUUGUGGGGGAAUUUAAUGGCUUGGACCAGACAUUUUACGACCACGUUUCGCAGCAUAUGGCCAGGCGUAUUGUUCAAUGUGGCAAUAAAGUGCCUAUCGUGACGGGUUUCUUUGGAAAUGUACCUGGAAGUUUGUUGAGAACAAUGGGUAGAGGAUACACAGAUUUAUGUGCUGCUUUGGUAGCUGUUGGUCUCAAGGCAGAAGAGCUCCAGAUAUGGAAAGAAGUUGAUGGUAUCUUUACAGCUGAUCCUCGCAAGGUUAAGGGUGCUCGACUUCUUUCCUUUGUACGACCUGAAGAGGCAGCUGAAUUGACGUAUUAUGGGUCAGAAGUAAUCCACCCAUUCACGAUGGAGCAAGUCAUUAGAUCUAAUAUCCCUAUUCGGAUCAAGAAUGUCGAAAACCCAACUGGUGCGGGCACAUGUAUCUUCUCGGACAGUGGUGCUCAUAUCCUUACUCAAAAACACCCAACGGCCGUGACAGUAAAGGAUAGUAUCUGCGUAUUGAACAUUCACUCCAACAGAAAGAGUGUCAGUCACGGUUUUCUUGCUAGAAUCUUUGGCAUACUCGACGAAUAUAACAUGGUCGUUGAUUUGAUAUCAACUUCUGAAGUUCAUGUCUCAAUUGCCCUGGAGGCUGAUAUUUUGAAAAGCAAAAUGGAUAGCGCUGUGGUCGAACUGGAAAAUCUGGGCCAGGUAGAUGUUAUGUACAACAUGGCUAUUCUAUCACUAGUGGGCUCUCAGAUGAAAAAGACAGUGGGAAUUGCGGGCAAGAUGUUCAGCAGCCUGGCAAAAGCCAACGUCAAUAUUGAAAUCAUCUCACAGGAAGCAUCCGAAAUUAAUAUUUCUUGUGUGAUUGAACAAUCAAAGGCAUUACACGCUAUGAAGGCCAUUCACGAGGAUUUGCUUCGUUUAGAACCAUUAUCAUCAGUUUAACCACUUAAUAUAAUAUACAACAAGACGAAAGGAAUAUGUAAUGGACCCAUUUUUUCCCAUACACAGACGAAAAUUAUACACAUAAUAAAAUGGAAGACAUUUGAAAGCUUU